CACACCCCUCCCGCUGCAUCCAGAGCUAAAGCCGGCUGCCCGUCCACCCUUCUCUUGCUUCCCCAAACUCCGGGCACUGGACUCCUUGUUCUCUGGCUCAUGGCCUAGAGGGAAACAGACAAGGGUUCAUUCUCUUACCUUCUCCAUCCCCCUCUGGGGUAGGCCCCGGUGAAUAAGGGGGUGCAUACAAAGAAACUCAGUUCUGUACUCCUUGUCCUGGACUCCUGCACUUUGUUGGUGCCUCUGUCCCACCUACCCGACCUGUUGUGACUGUUUAGGUGACUCUUCUUCACCAGACCAGGCUUAAUCCCCAACAUCCAGCACAGUGCCUGGCAUAUGGUAGAGGCAAUUGUGGCAGAAAUGAGGGCAAGGCCAUUUCCUGCCUCUUGGGCCCUGGUGGCAGGGCUCCACGAGGUGGGAGGGAGGCAGUCCGCAACAGCCUCCGAGAUCCUGGCGGGGCAGUCACUCCACCUCGUCUGCCCGCCUCUGUGGGCGUGGCUUUGACACGAACACCAGUCUUGGGGAGGAGGCGUGGCCAGGGCGGGGAGGUGCUGGCCACGCCCCCAGGGGGAGUCACGUAGCUCUGCGGCAUCCGCAGCCUCAUUUACAGGAGCCUGGGCUGGAGCCACAGCUGUUCCUGAUCUGAUGCUGAGCUGUUGCAGUGGUUGCCGCCGCUAACUCGCUGCGCACAGAAGCCAAGGGAAGAGGGGUGAUCGGUACUUUUGCCUCAUCCUGAAGCCUUGGAAAGCUGUCACCAUGCCCCACUCGUACCCAGCCCUUUCUGCUGAGCAGAAAAAGGAGUUGUCUGACAUUGCCCUCCGGAUUGUGGCCCCAGGCAAAGGCAUUCUGGCUGCAGAUGAGUCUGUAGGCAGCAUGGCCAAGCGGCUGAGCCAAAUCGGGGUGGAGAACACAGAGGAGAACCGCCGCUUGUACCGCCAGGUCUUGUUCAGUGCCGAUGACCGUGUGAAGAAGUGCAUUGGAGGUGUCAUCUUCUUCCAUGAGACACUCUACCAGAAAGAUGAUAAUGGUGUUCCCUUCGUCCGUACCAUCCAGGAUAAGGGCAUUGUCGUGGGCAUCAAGGUUGACAAGGGUGUAGUGCCUCUAGCUGGGACUGAUGGAGAAACCACCACUCAAGGGCUGGAUGGGCUCUCAGAACGCUGUGCCCAGUACAAGAAGGAUGGCGCUGACUUUGCCAAGUGGCGCUGCGUGCUGAAAAUCAGCGAACGCACACCCUCAGCACUUGCCAUUCUGGAGAAUGCCAACGUGCUGGCCCGCUAUGCCAGCAUCUGCCAGCAGAAUGGCAUUGUGCCUAUUGUGGAACCAGAAAUCCUGCCUGAUGGAGAUCAUGACCUCAAACGUUGCCAGUAUGUCACGGAGAAGGUUCUGGCUGCUGUGUACAAGGCCCUGAGUGACCAUCACGUGUACCUGGAGGGGACCCUGCUCAAGCCCAACAUGGUGACCCCUGGCCAUGCCUGUCCCAUUAAGUAUAGCCCAGAGGAGAUUGCCAUGGCAACUGUGACUGCCCUGCGUCGCUCUGUGCCUCCAGCUGUCCCAGGAGUGACCUUCCUGUCUGGGGGUCAGAGUGAAGAGGAGGCAUCUCUCAACCUCAAUGCUAUCAACCGCUGCCCCCUUCCCCGGCCCUGGGCCCUCACCUUCUCUUAUGGGCGUGCCCUGCAGGCCUCUGCACUCAAUGCAUGGCGAGGGCAACAGGACAAUGCUGGGGCCGCCACUGAGGAGUUCAUCAAGCGGGCCGAGGUAAAUGGACUUGCGGCCCAGGGCAAGUAUGAAGGCAGCGGAGAAGAUGGUGGAGCGGCAGCACAGUCCCUCUACAUUGCCAACCAUGCCUACUGAGUACCUACUCCAUACCACAGCACUUGGCCCGGUCACCUGCACCCAGUUUUGCCUGUAGUUAGGACCAGGGCCAAAUAGCCAUGCAGAGCAGAGAUACCUCCAUUCAGCACUGAGUCAUCUUCCUUUUUUCUCCUUCCCUCUCCUCUCCCAUUGCUGCACCUGGGACCAUUGGAUGGGAGGAUAGGGAGCCCCUCAUGACUGAGGGCAGAAGAACUUGCUAGAAGUCAGAGCAGGAUGCCUGGGUCUUUCCCUGUCUCUGUCAGCCCCCACAAUUUCCCGAUGAUGGGAUAGCUUCUCCUUGGGCUCUCUUUGCCUGCCCUCUCUCCUGGGAUCAGAGGGUAGGACACCAGACCUGGCUCAUGCGUUGGGUACAUAGCACAUAGCAAAUAAAUGGUAGCAAAACA